GUUGAGACGCCAUUACAGCGUGUGAGAUCUCUGCUGGACAACAUAUGUUUGGAGUAUCUGAAUAAGUCAAAGAAAGGGACAGUAACUUGGUGAGUCUUGCUUUUAAAAGACAGUUUAGAUACCAAGAAAAAUGACUGAGAAAAUUGCUCUCUUUGAAAGCUUCCUGAACUGCCACGUGUGCUCAGAGACUUUCAGAGAUCCUGUGUCUCUGAGCUGCAUUCACAGAUUCUGUUCGAGCUGCCUGCAAAAAUUCUGGGAACAAGCUAAAAACAAAAACUGUCCCAUUUGUAAAAGAAAAGCAUCAAAGGAACCAAUAAGGGACUUUGCACUGAAGGAGCUGGCUGACUCCUUUGCUGGCAGACAGACAACUGGAUCAUGUGAGACAGAGAAAGGAGAGACGAAGGUGGAUGAUGUGUGUGGUAAACAUCAAGGAGAGCCCAAAUUGUUCUGCAAGGAUGAAGACAGAGCUGUGUGUCCUGUCUGUGAGUUUUCUCUCCACCAGAAUCACACGGUGGUUCCUAUAGAUCAAGCAGUCAGUGAGCUGAAGGAUGAGCUGAAAUCUGACUUAAAAGCUCUGCAAGAAAAGAAGAGCAAACACCAAAAAGUAGAAAAAACAUAUGAUGAAAUGAUUCAACACUCCAAGAAGCAGCUGUUGUCCACAGAAAGGCAGAUCAGUGCUGAGUUCAACCAGCUAAACCAGUUCCUAAAGGAGGAGGAGGAGUCCAGACUGGCCGCUCUGAGGGAGGAGGAGAAGCAGAAGGGGAAGACUAUCAACAGAGAGAGGAAGAUGAUUCAGAAGCACAUUUCCUCUCUGUCAGACAGCAUCUCUGCUGUUGAAAAAGAGCUGCAGAAGUCCAACGUGGCGUUCCUCAGCACUUACAAAUCCACUCAGAGCAAAGCCAAAGUCCAGUGCUCACUGUCAGAUCCACAGCCGGUCUCAGGAGCGCUCAUAGAUGUGGCCAAACACCUUGGCAACCUGUCCUUCAGAGUGUGGGAGGACAUGAAGCAGAAAGUCCACUUCAGUCCUGUCAUCCUGGACCCAAACACUGCAGCCCCCUGGCUCCACCUGUCUGGAGAUCUGACCAGCAUGAGAAAUGACACAAAGCAGCAGCUUCCCGACAAUCCAGAGAGACACACCAAACAUACCAUGGUUCUGGGCUCUGAGGGAUUCAGCUCAGGGAAACACAGCUGGGAGGUGGAGGUGGGAGACCAUCCUGACUGGCGUGUAGGUGUGGCUAAAGAGUCAGUUGACAGAAAGGGAGAGAUUUGUGUGUCACCAGAUUAUGGAAUCUGGUGUAUCAUGCAUUAUGAUGGAAAGUACACAAACGGUCGUAGUAUGAAGAUCACAGUGAGCGACAAUCUCCAGAGGAUCAGAGUCCAGCUGGACUAUGACAGGGGGGAGGUGUCCUUUCACGACCCCAAAAACUCGACUCACAUCUACACUCACACGGACACGUUCACUGAGAAACUCUUCCCGUUUUUCAGUAUUGUAUACACCAGUGAUGCCAAAAAUGCUGAAGUUAAAAUCUGUAAAACUGUUUCUCUUUGAUGUUAGCGUUAGUUAAGACUUUACUGUCCGUCUCAGUGGAAUAAUCAAGACUAACAUUUGCAAUGUUGUACUUAUACUGAGACUGCAUCACAUUAUCAGGUCAUAAACUUUUAUACAGGUACAAACCAAUUCAAAUAUUUGAAUAUUAACUUCUUAGUCUGGUUAUCAGCAUCCUACAAUUUAAUACUGUAUCCACUAUAAACAACAAUGUCCAGAUCAAUGGACUCCACAGAUUAUUUGUUUAUUUGUGCAACUCUAAAUUGGACAUGUGAAGGCUUAAACCUCUUCGUUUAGCGCUCUGAGUGGUGGCUGAGACUGCACUUCCUCAUUCUAUACAACAGAAGAAAAGUCAUUUGCACUCAACUUCCCAAGGUGCCUUUUCCUGCAAGUGUUACACACUUCAGUUUGAACAUGUGAUGUCACCAGGUUGAUAAACUUCAGCCUUUUUUUUGCCUAAUCUCUCUUUGUGUGAGACGUCCACAGAGGUAGGACGUCAAGCAGCUGUAGCUCCUUCCUCCACCUUUUCUCCCCUGAGCUCUCAGCAGGAUUUGCAGCCGUGCUCCCAGAAUAAGAACAUCAAUAAAAGCUAAGCAAGACUGUUAUAUAUCUGAGUAUAUGUAACAUGUAUUGAUUUGAUAUUUUUAGUCAGAUUUAUUCUUGUUAUCUCUUUGUAGUAAGGUUAUUGGUGAGUCAGCUUUGCCAAAGGCCAAGUUGAUAGUUUUAAAAUGCUAAAUACUUUUUUAUUCUUCUUACUUUUCAAUCAGUGUCAACAGAAUAUUUGUUCAUGUUUUUUUGUUGUGGGGGAGAGAAUACAAAUAGCUGAAACUGUAUUAGCAGUUGAAGAAUUAAGCUGUGAAUAACCCUCUUCAUCAGCAUCUUGUUUUUAGUGAAGACCACA